UUUUCUCUUCUUCCUUUCCAGCUCCUUGCUGCCCGUGCAAUGACUCAGAGGUCCUGAUGGCAGCUUGCACGAGUGACUUUGUGGUCCGUGGAAGCAUUCGCUCUGUGACCCAUGACCCACUGCAGGAGAAAUCUACGAUAGAAGUCUUUGCAGACAAGAUCUACAGACAGAAAAGCAGAACGUUCCAGCCCGUCGGGAAGAGCGGGAGGUGGCUGGGACAUAUAAAGACAUUGCUACAAUGUGGAGUCAAGGAGGGAGAAGGAGACUUUCUCUUUACGGGCAGCAUGCACUUUAGUGAGGCUCAACUGGGCUGUGCUCCUCGAUAUAAAGACUUCAGGAGGAUAUACAAAGUGGCCAGAGACAGAGGAGAAAACCCCUGUGAUGUGGCCACAAACUAAAGUAACUCUGUGAUCGGAGGACGGUGGGGUGGGCAUUCUGGAAGGAUGAGAUCAAAUGAGCCGAAGAGUCUUUCUUCAUCCAAACCUGUCUUGUGAACUCUUUUAUGACUGAAUGUGGUGGAAUCGGUCUCGACACCCGUAGAGCUGACUUAUCCAGUCACUGUGCUACAUGAGUAGACAUCAGAGUUGCUUUCAUAUAGAUUUUCAGUUAACCCCAUUCAUUUCUCUAAACAAACAAACAAACCAUGAUCAAAACUGCCUUAAAAUGUCAAUACUAAUGAACUUCAGUGUCUUAAAAGAACGUGAAUGUAGCAUAGGCGUGUAUAUUAUGUACAAAGAUUUACUGUGAUAUGUAGAAACGGAAGCUUUGUGAUGAAGCUGAUGUACAGUGCUGUUUGUUCUGACAGACAUUAUGAAGACAGAAAUGUUUCUAGGAGAAUGUACAGUGCCAGCUGUCGCCGGGCCUGUUAAUUGUUAAUUAAAAGCAUUCCAGAGAAGCAGCUA